AUGGCAAAGGGAAGCAAACGAAGUAGAUCUAGAGAAAGAGACGAGAGAAAAGAACACAAAAGAACGAGCUCAAGAAGUCCAUAAUAGCACAGAACAUCCAGCUCAACAAAUAUUGGAGGUGACAAGUAAAACGGAGAUAAAAGGAAGAAAGACUCAGGCAGAGACAGCAGUCGAUCAAGGAGAUCAGAUUCACCAAGGAGAAGGACUAAGUUGUACAUAAAAGACUUGCCAACUGAGAUUACGGAAGAAAUAAUUAAGAAUGAAGUUUAAAUCUUCGCUAAAGUGUCAGAUUUCACAAUGAGAAAAAGAGAAAAAGAUGGCACUAUUUAAGCUACAGUAACUAUAAAAGGCGGUUAAAGGGAUGGUGAAAAAGUCAAAGACUAAUUGAAUGAAAAGAAAAAGUGGGAAAUCUAGGUCUAAGAGAUUGAAAGCGAAAGAAUAAGUUCAAGGUCAAGAGACAAGUAACGUGAAAGAGAUCGCGAAAGAGAAAGGGAAAAAGAUAGAAUUAGAGAAAAAGAAAGAGAGCGUAAGAGAAGCCGCACAAGGAGUAAAGAGCGCAAACACAGAAGAUCUACAUCCUCAUCAGAAAAGCGCAAAAAGAAGGAUAAUUAAGAGAGCGGGAAAUCAUCUCACCACAAUCAAAGCUAACACCAUAAUCAAUCAGAUAGAAAUAUGUCGAAAUCACAUUCUCACAGCAUUCAUAGACAGAAUUCAAGAUCUGGAAAUGAGAGUAGACAAUAGAGAGACCUUGCUGGGAAAAGCAAUGAUGAUUCAGUUACUGUGGUGGUUCAGCAGGCAGUUAAGCCAAGAAGUGAUGUUAGAGUUAGAGAACUGUGGUUAGGAAAUCUUCCAGAAAAUAUCACUGAGAAAGUUCUUUAUUCUCAUUUCUUUAUCUACGGUGACAUUGAAAAGAUUGAGUUAAAUUAACAUAAAAGUUAUCCCUAUUAUGCGUUCGUCAGAUUUAAGCUCACUAGUUGUACUAGUAGAGCUUAUGACUAAUCUUCAAACUAGCUGGAGAUUAAUGGUUUCAAGAUAAAAGUCCAAUUUUCUGACUAUAACAAGAGACCUGAAAUAGUAGGAGAUCUGGCUGGAUAUGAUUGCACCUUUUAGAACUGUACAACACUUUUUGUCGCUUUCAUUGUCAAUUCUUAACUUCCAUCACAAGAAAAGUUAGAGGAAGUAUUCUAAAAAUAUGGUAAAGUGAGAGCUAUAUAUAUGAAGCAAACCAGUCCUAAUACUUAGUACAGACCCCAUGCCUUCAUUGACUAUUAUGACCAUGAAGAUGCAAAGAAAGCUAAGGAGGAUAUGGAUAAGUUUGGUUCAAUUAGACUAUAACUAAGCGAUUAAAGCUGCGAAGUGCUUUUUGCAAUAAAAAAGAGAUGCAAAGACUUUAAUAGUCCGCACACUGGCUAAUAAAACUAGUAAUCGUACCAAACAGUGUAAAAUAAUGUCCCAAUACCACAUAGCACAAUUUCAUAAGCUCAAAUUUAACCUAAUUAGCAUUCAGUUCAAAACUCGUAGGAGGCCUAAUAGCUAAUUAUGACUCUUUAGCAAAGUCCAGACUGUAAAUUAAACAAUUUUUAAUAUAUUAUAGUCUAAAAGAUUAUGCAAACUAAUCCUUAAAUUGCCUAAACUCUGAUAAAUUAAGUUCACUCUGAACCUGGCAAUGCAAAAGCUAUCAUUUCAAAUUUUAUUACAUAGCUAAGCUAAGGAAAGAUGAUAAAUUUCGAGUAGCCUAAUUAGCAAAUAAUGGGGAACUUUCCUAUGUACCAGAAUAAUAAUUAUAGACAAGCAUAUCCAAACUAGAUGAUGCCAAAUUAUUAGUAGUAAUAUCGUUAAUAAUUCAACAAUAACUACAUGCAAUAAAGGCCAAUGAUGAUGAAUCAAUAAAAUCAAAUGAUGGGAAUAAAUCCAAACAUGUACAGGGCUAAUAUGUAUCAAAAUAAUCCCAUUAAUACAUUUGGAGCAAAUAAUCCAACACAAAUUAGACCUAUGGGGGGAACUUAAACAUUGAAUUAAAACUUUAUGGGCAUUAAUGAUUAAAACGCUCUAAAUCAGUUAGCUUCACCAAUGCAGAAUCCUUUACUUGCAGGUCUUCAAAAUGAAAACUCGAAUCAAGCAUCAAUCUCCAAUCAGUCUGAUUAAUCUCAAUAGAUGCUCUCAAAUCUGAUUAAUAUGAUUAAGCCCUCAGUGAAAGGUCCAGCAGCGGCAACAUCCAACUCAAACGCUGGAAAUCCUGAGUUGCAAUCCCUUAAUCCUCAAUCUAAUAUUAUGCCGAAUAAUAUGAUCGGUAUAAAUUAACCACCCGUUAUAAAUCGACUCCCCUACCAAAAUGUCUUAACUCCUACAUCAUCAGCAGUCAAUAUGAAUGCACCUGCCUAAGGAGGAUAUGGAGCUAAUUCAAGCGUCAUUCCAACUGCUAAUAGCAAUAACACCAAGGAGAUCAAUGAUAUUGUUGCAUUAAUUAAAUAAAAUCGAGAGCGGUAGAGAGAGCAAGAGGAGCAACAACGAUAACAGUAGCAGGAAUAAGAUAAGAAAACAUAACAAACUGAUAAUAGAAAUGAAAACUAAACUAAGAAGCCAAUAUGUGUAUUGGAUGAUGAUGAAUAAUGCAUUUGGAGCGGAUUUAUCACUAGAAAUAAACAGUUUAGAGUUGGAGUUGACGCUUACAGAAUAAGCGGAGAUCAUAAUGAAGAAUUUUUGAAUGAGUAUAACUUAAACGUAUCUCAUAGAACCAAUUUUGAAGAUAUCGAAAAGUACAAAAUUUAAGGUAUCGUAGCACUAACUGCUCAGAAUGAUACACAGCAAGAUACCUUCAAUGAGCAUAUUCAAUAUUUCCAGCAGAAGGAUAGAGUAAUUCAACAAUAAACUCUUUAUAAUGAAAUAUAGAUUGGAAUGGUGCACUUAAAGAACGGUCUAAUGUUCUUAGUUCCACCAAGCUAAGCGUCGAAGAAGUAUUUUUGGGAUGAAAGAAGCCACAUGCUAGGAAUAUUUAUAGACUCUUAAUCAGCUCAAAUUUAGAUCGCUAAGUUCAGUAAUAGUUACUCUGGUUUCGGGAAAUGA